AUGGCCUCAAGAGCACCUUCUAUCGCCCCUGCAGUUCUGCGACAACUGCGUUCUCAACCACAGCGCCUCUCUUCUUUCCUGCAGACCCCUCUUGCCCGCUCAGUCGCAAACCUAAAUCUGAACCAACAGUCCUUCCGCGCAGCGCACAAUAUUCCCAGGCCAUCUCCCCGAACAUACGCCAAGCCGAAAUCCGAGCAGGCGAACGUGGGCGAAUCGGCCAAGAGCGAAGGCGAAAGGCCAGAGAUCAAACCCACGCAUUACCAACUGUCAUUUACCUGCGUUCCCUGCGGCCAUCGCUCCCACCACAACGUUUCCAAGCAAGGCUACCACUACGGAUCUACGCUUAUCACAUGUCCUAGUUGUCGCAAUAGACAUGUUAUCAGUGACCACCUUCAUAUCUUUGGCGAUAAACCAUUUACCAUUGAGGAACUUAUGAAGAAAAAGGGUCAGCUUGUCAAGCGGGGCACCCUGGGCGAAGAUGGCGAUAUCGAAUUCUGGCCAGAGAACUCUCUCCCAGGAAGUAAUGAAUUCAAGAAGAACGAGAGCUCAGAAUGA